AUGGAAGAGAUCUUAGAACAGGCAAUGUUACUUGAAGCCAAUGACAAUGAUAUAGAGUACUUAAUACUAAAUCUCGUUUUAAAUGAUGAUAACGUUCAAAAUCAAAAUGUACAUCCUGUCUUUAAUUUCGAUACCUUAGAACCUGAACAAGCCAAACAGUAUUUUCGGUUUGAAAAACAGGAUAUUCCAAGGCUUGUACAAUUGUUAGGGAUACCAGAUAUAAUUGUAACAGAAACUGGCCAUACCUGUACUGCUAGGGUACGCAUUUUAUAUGUAAGCAACAUACCAGCCGAAACAAGCUCUGGGAAUUUAAAACGUGUAAUAAUUUCAAGAAUAGAUGCGCUUGCUGACCACAUCACUCGUGUAUUCAGAAAACGGAGAUACGCGUUUGUCCACUUCGAUGAUAGAUUCAGUGCCGAGAGCGCUUUAGAAUUGCUGCAAGAAUCAGAUAUUACGAUAAAGGGACAAAGGAUCACGUUUGAAUGGGCAAGACCGCAAUGUUACAGUAAAAGUAAUAUUUUGAAUUCUACACCAACAAAUUUCUGCACAUCUGUAUCUAUCCAGCGCAGAAAGAAAGUUUUUGCGAUGAAAACUGAAAAAAAGAAAUUUGGAAGUUUCUCUUCUGGACCUACGUCCAGUAGUAGUACGCCCAAUAGUAAUACGCCCAAUAGUAGUACGCCCAAUAGUAAUACACCCAAUAAUAGUACGCCCAAUAGUAGUGAAGCUUCGUCCUCACCCCGUUCGGUAUAUUCCAACGAAGAAAACUGGUACUAA